GCACAUUAUAAAAAAAUAUUUUGUGAAGAUCGUAUAUAUGCGUUUGAUACUUUUUUGGAAUCUGGUGAUCCUCCUGAAUUGAUAACUAUUAAAGACGCAAUUGAUUUUGUCGCUACUGCUUGGGAUAAACUUGACCAAAAUAAUGAAUCCAAUAUUACUAGUGAGAUUCAGUAUUUGAUCGAGCGAUUGCCUCUUGACCAACCUAUGAGUGCAGAUGAGUAUGUAAUUGCUGAUAAUAACCUGAUUACUACUGAAAUGCCUAAUGAUGAGGAGAUAAUCGAAGCUGUUAAGAAUCGAGAAUGUAUUGAACCAGAAGAAGAUGAAGUCACAAGUAAACCAAUAUCCUUCAUGCAAGCUUUAGAGUUUAUCAAUGGGAUCUUAUUGUUUCUCGAGCAGCAACCGGAUGGAGCCUUUCAAGUAAAUGAAUCUCUUAUUCGAAAUUUAGGAAGACUAAAAAAAGACAUAAAUCUGAAACAUACUGCUUCAAGUCGACAAGUCACCUUUGAUAC